AUGGCAACCCAGAGCGUUCCUCUGAUGAAUGGAGGAUUUGGAAAAACCAGCUAUGCCAAUAACUCACUCCUUCAGAAAACAGUGAUACAGAAAGCGAGGCCCAUUGUGGAAGGAGCCAUCAAAGGCCUGUACAGAACCACCACCACCACCUUCAGCUUUCCAAGUAACAGCUGUAUUAGAAUAGCAGAUCUGGGUUGCUCCUCUGGCCCCAACACCCUUCUGUUUGUUUCUGAAAUUUUAGACGUGAUUCAUGAACUGUGCCCACAAUCGGCGCCGGAGUUGGAAGUGUUUCUCAACGAUCUUCCUGGAAAUGAUUUCAACUCGGUUUUUAAAUCGCUGCCGGAUUUUUACGAAAAGCUGGCGGAGAAAGCGAAGGCCGCCGGAGACAUUAAUGGCGAGUACAGCUCAGGGCGGGUGUUCAUAUCGGCGGCGGCCGGUUCAUUCUACGGGAGGCUGUUUCCCAGCAGCAGUCUGCAUUUCGUUCAUUCUUCUUACAGCCUUCAUUGGCUCUCCAAAGUUCCUGAAGGACUGACAAAUAACAAAGGGAACAUAUACAUGGGGAGGACAAGUCCACCCAACGUGUUCAAAGUAUAUUUGGAACAAUUUGAAAAAGAUUUCUCAUUAUUUUUAAGAUUGCGAUCAAAGGAAGUGGUAGGUGGAGGAGGCAUGGUUCUCACGCUUAUUGGCAGAAGUACUGAAGAUCCCACCACCAACGAUGCUUGUCGACUUUGGGAAUUACUAGCAGAAUCACUCCUGGACUUGACCAAUGAGGGAUUGGUGGAAGAGGGGAUGGUGGACUCAUUUAAUAUCCCAUAUUAUACGCCGUACAAGGGAGAAGUGAAGUCAAUAAUGGAAGAGGAAGGGUCUUUCCAUCUAGAUAAGAUGGAGACAUUUGAAGUCAUCUGGGAUCCAAACGACGACGUCGAGGAGGAAGACCCCAAAAGUUUGGUGUUCGCCCCGUUUAGAAGCGGGUUAAACGUGGCGAGUAGCAUAAGAGCGGUUACGGAGCCCAUGCUGGCUGCCCGUUUUGGCGACGCCAUCGUGGAUCGCUUGUUCACCACGUUCGCAGAGCGCAUUGCGCACCAUCUGUCCCUUGAGAGGACCAAAUACACCAACGUCGUCGUUUCAUUAAUUAGGAAAGAAAAUAUUUAA